UGCUCUAUAGGUGCUAGGCAUGAUACACACAUUUUACAUACAAUGAACAGGACAAAACGUUUGUCUGUAAAUCGGUUCCUGCACACAGACACACAACCUGCGAUUUUACGACGUUGUCAACCCGAAUAAAAACGAAAACGUUUGAUUCGUUUGUCUUGCGCUUCGUACUGUCGUAUCAUAAUACAUGCCCUGUGCUUGUCGUGACCUACCGAUCACUUGUCGCACUCUCGUGUGAGACGUCUCCUCCGCUCAAACCGUUUAAUGCUGAACCGAAGAGCCGCCUCUUCAUUCGUGUGAGUGCCCGGGUCGGCUGCAGGGAGCUACUGCUGUGUUUUGCUUCGAUGUGAAACGGGUGAUUUUCGGCUUUUCGUUUGGUUUUUUUUUCCCCCGUUGAGACAGCGGGGGUAGCGAUUGUUUUUAGCUCAUCCCGAUUUAUGAACAGUCAAGCUCUCAUUUUUUUUUUGUUUGGGGGUUGGGGGGGAAGCGGGAGUGUCAAAACGCCUUAGUUUGGCUUGGUUUGUUUUGCUUUCGGGGUUUUUCCCCCCUUUCUUUCUUCUAAAACACGUUUGAAACGCUCUUGUUGUCGGUGGGCUGCGUCGCGUUGCAACGGAAUGCUCGCGCCGGCCCCUUCUUUCCUCCCAGCGCGAGCCGGGGCGCGCGCCGCCCGAGCCAGGCGAGGCCAUUGAACGUUUGGAGACGGAAAGCAAAGGUCAGAAUGUUUACAUUUUUUUAAAAGGCGCUGUUGAGCUCUGGGAGGUGCUGAAAUCUCUUUGCGCUCCUUUCCGCGUGAUUGGCAAACUUGACAUUGAUUGACAGGCCUCCAUGGCAACCACGCAACCAAUCUGCCAAGUCCAAUAGAAAAUCGGCACAGGGCUGAAUGCCUUUUUUUCUUCUUCAAAAACAUCUCGGGUCUGGUUGUAUACCCUCGUACUUUCAAGCUACCAAGUUCACCCACUGAGGCUGCUGUAGUCAGCCAGAGGGCACCGUUCCUCGGUGUGUGUGUGUGUUUUUUUUUUUUAACGGUUGAUCUGUUGACUUAGAGAUUGUCAUUUUUUUGUCUGGACCCGAAAGAGAGAGAGAGAGAGAGGGAGAGAGGGAGAGAGAGGGUAAGAGUGUGGUGUGAGAGAGAGACAGGGGAACAAACAGAAGCCUCCAUGUUUCAGCUGCCCAUCCUGAAUUUUAGCCCCCAGCAGGUCGCGGGGGUGUGCGAGACUCUUGAGGAGAGCGGGGAUAUCGAGCGCCUCGGCCGCUUCCUGUGGUCGCUACCCGUGGCGCCGGCCGCCUGCGAGGUCCUCAACAAGAAUGAGUCCGUGCUGAGAGCGCGGGCUAUCGUGGCCUUCCACACGGGGAAUUUCCGCGAGCUCUACCACAUCUUGGAAAACCACAAGUUCACCAAAGAGUCGCACUCCAAGCUGCAGGCGCUGUGGCUGGAGGCGCACUACCAGGAGGCGGAGAAGCUCAGGGGCCGUCCGCUGGGACCGGUGGACAAGUACCGCGUGAGGAAGAAGUUUCCCUUGCCCAGGACCAUCUGGGACGGGGAGCAAAAGACUCACUGCUUCAAAGAGAGGACCCGACACUUGCUCAGAGAGUGGUACCUGCAGGACCCGUACCCCAACCCCAGCAAAAAGAGGGAGCUGGCGCAGGCUACCGGACUCACCCCCACACAGGUGGGGAACUGGUUCAAAAACCGGAGGCAAAGGGACAGAGCGGCGGCCGCCAAAAACAGGUUACAGCAGCAGGUCCUAUCCCAGGGCUCGGUUCGGUCUCUGGCGGAAGAGGACAGCGCAGUGGACCGGCUUGGUGCCGCCUCCAGCCCGGAAGCCAGCCUGUCUGGCAAAGCCGUCGCCUCGGCCAUCUCCAUUACUUCUAGCGACAGCGAAUGUGACAUCUGACGCCCCGGGCAGCGGACAGGCGGACAGCGCGAUCGGCGGUAACGGCGAUCGAGAUCAUUUUAAGAGAAAAGAAGCAAAUCGGGACAAACACAAGCACACGAAACAUUUCCAGUGCCUGCAAAUACCUUAGCAAGAUCUUCACGAGACGUCUUAUUCAGAGGCUGCCAAACCGCAGGGGGUCGGAAGGAAUGAUACCCCCGUCUUAAAAUGUUCUGCUAUCAAUUUUCUGUUCUCCAUUUCAUUCGUACGUUUUAUUUUUCUCACGGUGUGUGACUGAACUCUACAAAAAAGAAGAAAAAAAAGGAAGAAAACGUUUCAAGGCCUUUUUUUUUUGUAAGGAAAAAAGGAAUCUCGGACCGCGAAGCCUUGAGACAAGGGGAAGACACCAGUCGCAUCAUUUUGAGCGCCUGCCCUACUGUUUCUGUGGGUAUUUCAUGUUGAAAAAGACGCUGUUAUAUUUUUUACUUUACUUUUAAAGUUUUAUAAAUAAUGUUUAUUUACAUAUUUAAAGGCUCGGCUCUGUUAGAAUCUGGUAUUACUUUGCUUGGUGUCAUUUUCCUUUGUGCACAGGUGAAAUGUAGAAGCAUGUGCUCCCGAGCGAGUAGUGGACUUAAGCUGUUUGAGAACAAAAAAAAAAUAACUUAAUAAAUAAAAAUAUUUGUUGAUCAAAAUAUUUAAUUACCGUCUAUUCUGCCGGAAUCUAUUUAUUAAUUGCUCGCGCAACGCUGCAAGUUCCAGACAUAGCAUUAGACGGGGUGAAAUAAGAGCACGCCGCUAGGCAGACGGGAUAUCCGAGGAAACUGAGCCACUGUAAACGAAGCCGCUGGUAGGUUAGUGUUCAUUUACUCAUUUCUGAGAGGGCCAAGCCUCUAUUGUGCGUUCUCUAUUUUAAAAUCGUGAUGAGGAUUAAAACUACAUGAAUAUCCCCGAUGGUAAAAUAUCCACAGGCGUGUCCACGGAACAUUGAGCGAUCACAGAAUACUGUGAUAUUUCCUCCAAACAGACGUCAACGAAACUAGACGGGUGGCGGUCGCUUCUGCCCAAAUUUCUUGGGGUUUUUAUUAGAACUCCGCCGGCGUUACCGUUCGUCCUGUAAAUGACAAUCUAAGGAAAAUAUUAGGUUUUGUAUAAUAGGAAAACAUCCUUGCUGGGAUAAAUAAGAAAUCCGUUCCUGCUAAGUCCCGCCCGAGCCCGGAGAAGGAUUUUAUAGUCCACAAUUUGACACCGAUCUUUAAGUCGCUUUGGCUGGUCUCUUUUUGGCUGCGAGAUCCAGCUUCUAGCUCCGGGGUCGGCGCACAUCUCUCUGCAAUCUGACGGCGCUGACAGCUUCUCUCAUUCAGUUUAAAACAAGCGCAACUAUCCGAUUCCAGGCGAUCGUUUAUUCCAAAAUAAUUCUGCGUUUGCGCAGUUGAACGAGAGCUGAGAUCAGACUUUAGUGCUUAAACAUUGCUGUCAUUAUUGUUUCAAACACCCGAAGGAGUUUAACAAAUCAGUGUGAAACCAGAAUAUAGUCGCUGUCUUUUAUUUAUUUUUCUGGUUGAACAUUGAAAUUCGGGCGUGACACCACCCGGGGUGAUCAGAUGUGGCCUGCACCGUAUCUAGAAGACGUCAGGCAUUCCUUUUUAUUUCCAGAGGACCAUGUCAAAAAUAAAAUAAUACCGUAUUGUCGUUUUCUAUUUGCCUCGCCCACAUUUCAGAAUAGACCAGUGUAUUUGAUAGUAGUGUCUUUUCAUUUAAUAGCGCCAACGGUUGUUUGCUGUUUGACGUUUUCGUUAAAUGCUGGUUUUCUCUUAUUUUUCCUGAUAUAGAAAAUGAGGAUCGAAUUGAAUUGAAAAUGGCAAUAGUCAUUGAACUCAAAAUGUCUAUACGUGGCACAGAGAAAUCCUGAAUGUGUAAUUGUCUGCGAAAAUGCCUCGUGAAAUUUAUAUGCAAAUAAAAGGAAAACAAAGAUGUUCAGUCGAAUGCGUGAUAAAUCUGCAGAAUCGCUGGAGCUGUAGUGUGUUGCUGCUUUUUUCCUUGUGUUCAGCAUUAGUUUGAGUUGAUUUGAUUACUUGUGGGGCCUUUCGGUUUCGUAUUUUUAUCUGGAAAAUUCCGGGCACCUCGCGACGAGGUUUCGAGUGAUUCUCCGCUUUGCCUGAAGACACGAAUGCCUUUUACACGCGUGUUCGUCCUCGAGAAUCUAAGGUAGGAGAAACUACUGCACUGUUUCGGGCUUUUCCUGCUACUGUGCGAGCAGGCUACCCUAUCGGGGGUUCCCUCUUCACGUGGGGUCAUCUAUAAAAGUUUGAAACGUACCAGCGAGCCUCUCUUCUUUUCUUAAAUGAGAAUAUCUGAGCAUCAGAGAGGAGGAGGUCGGGGGGACGCCGGGGCUGCUGUGUUUUGGAGAGGUGUUUACUGGCCUUGAGGUGCUCUACGUCUUUGCUAUGUCGCCAGGGGCACUAGGGCAAACAGAUCGAGAUAAGAUGGGUGUUCUUUUCAAAACGCGCCGCACUGUGAAUUAUUAUAACUACUACCACGAAUAAAACGAAGACGUGGUCAAUUUAUACUGGCUAAAUCGUUGCCAUCCGGCUUUUUCUUUUAUGGAGGUACAUGUUCCCAAUUUGAUGUUGCCUUAGCCAACAGCAAUAUAAUCAACUCGACUACUUUCGAUAGCUACAAUCGAACAGGCCCUGCCUGUCCCUGUGUUCUGGCAGGGUGGCAGCCCCGUGCGGCUGUCGGGACUCGCGUGGUGUGUGUGUGUGGAAAAGAUAAAGACCACCACCCCGAAUGACGAGAAAGAGGUCACACAAAAAAAAAAAACCGACAGAUUGAAAAAGUUCUAGCCGACCGUUUGUGGACGUGAGCACACCUGGGUGCCGUUUGUGAUUAAUUACUGUCGGGAGCAAAGCGAGUAAGCUUUAUUUUCUUAACUUCUUUCAGCGGAGGAACAAAAUAGGGAGUAAAAUAUUGUUCCGGCGUGAAAGAGAGGAGGAAAAGAUUGAGGGGAAAGGGAAAGGGGUUGCUAUUCAUUCAGCCCGAGUGAAAAAAAAAAAGUUCGAAUAUUUCCGUUUCCAUUGAAAACGAGGGCAGCCGCAGAGAGGGGGGUACGUAAAGUCUUUUUAGCAGUCAAUAAGGUUGUCAAACUGAUCAGCGUAAUAAGCGCUAAUGACGGCGCUUGAGCCCUUUGACGAACAAAAGCUCUCUCCCCAUGUUUUGUGCACAGGAGCAGCUAAUAAGGAUUUUUUUUUCUGAAAGAGUUAGCUGUCAACAGAGUCUGCGACAUGUUCGGGGAAAAAAAAAACAGAAAGACGUUACCCGGGGUGCAGCUGCACUGAUUGCAAAGCAGAAAAUUCGACGGUAGUGUCUGAAAGAGAUGUCCACACCUGUGAGAAUGUGGCGGCAUAGCGCUGCAGGUGGACGGGGCUUAAUCGUUGCAUUUGACUGUCUGAAGACUGCUACUCUCCCACUCCCGUCCCCCUUCGCCCGUCUUGAAGUGGGCACUUCAACAGGCAUCUUUCAACAACUGGGCCACUCCUUCCAAGCAUGGAAAAAAAAAUUGCCACUGUUAUGAAAAGAAAGCGGGAACAAAAAAAAAAAACAUUCCAAGCAGCAAGAGCCUCCAUCUCCGCCUCAUUAAUUAGCGGGUCCACUCGAGAGAACCCCCCCUACCCCUACCCCUACCCCCCCUCAGCGCUCCCCUAGUGCAGGUACAGCCCCGCCGCAAUCAAACCGGCAGUGUAAGAUAUCCGGUCUGUUGGUAACAAAGCUCUCGUUUGGUUAGAGCCCAUUACUGGCUAACCGGUCUACCACCACCACCAACAACAACAACAAAAAGAUGUCAAGUUAGGUUUUCAUGGCACAUUUCGUCGACUGAAGCGUCCGAUUGUUUGACGUCCAGCCCCUUCACAAGCCGGCGUAUUGUCUGGACUCAGACCCAGUUACUCUGACUGGCAUUCAAAGUGCCCGCCCAACCGUAAUCGAGACCCCAGUGCGGUGACAGCUUCAGGCUCGGACACCGGGCAAUUGACCGAGACCAGCCGCUCCUGAAAACGUCUAUAGAUAUUAAAAUGAUAAUUACAGUCAGACAGUUUCGAGACCUUGAUUAGUACUGCUAAUCAAAAGUUUUCUAAAGCCAUUCUUCGCCAUUAUGUCAGGAGUGCACGGGGAAUUGCCGGAUUCCAAGACUGCCUUUUUCAUUAGACAAAAGUAGGCGACCUUCUGGGUAACGCUUUUGUGUUUUAUCAGUGUAUGAAAAGGUUACGCUUUUUGUGGAAAUUGCUCUGCAAGGUUUAGUGCCGUAUAACAAGCUACUAAUCACCCAAGCUUGCGCAAUGGAAGGCAGAAAAAAAGGCCUUUUUAUAUUUUGUUUUACUUGGAGCACGUCUUUUUGCCAACGGACCCGUUCUUGUUUAUCUAGAGAGGAGUAGAUUCACCUCUAAAAGAGCAUUUAAGAUUCCGUUUAAUCACGCUGCCUCCAAGAUAUCAGUUGAUUUUUUUUAAAAAAAGAGAAAAAAAAAUCGGGUGCUCUUUUGAAGGUUUUGUAUGCUUUCGGACACAGCGGGGUUCAAUCCUGCGCCAGCCCCAGUCACUCUUGGGGAUACACCACCGGAAGUGCACAAUCUGGGACUGGGAAUGAAUAACUCCUUCACCUCUAACGAGCCUCGCCUUUUCAAAAAAGUGUUACUGCAUUUUUAACCAGCCUAAGGGAAAUUCAACAGCUGCGUCGCAUAUAUUUCCCUGUUUUAUGAAAUGUAAAUGAACAAUACCCUUCUUAUUAUGAACUUCACCUCUUGAUAA